AUGGUGGAGCUGGAUUGGAAGGUGGAGGGCUGCCCACAGUCAGAUGUCAGCUUCAGCCUCCCUGGCUGGCUUGCACCCCUCAGGUUCUCCUCCAACAGCUGUGGGGGCUGCAAGGGAGGCUGUAGCACCUGUGGGGGCUGCAAGGGAGGCUGUGGCUCCUGUGGGGGCUGCAAGGGAGGCUGUGGCUCCUGUGGGGGCUGUAAAUCCAGCUGCUGUCAAUCCAGUUGCUGCAAGCCCUGCUGCUGCCAGUCUAGCUGCUGUAAGCCCUGCUGCUCUUCAGGUUGUGGGUCUUCCUGUUGCCAAUCCAGCUGUUGUAAGCCCUGCUGCUGUCAGUCUAGCUGCUGCAAGCCCUGCUGCUGUCAGUCCAGCUGCUGCAAGCCCUGCUGCUGUCAGUCCAGCUGUUGCAAGCCCUGCUGCUGCCAGUCCAGCUGUUGUAAGCCCUGCUGCUGUCAGUCCAGCUGCUGUACCCCUGUAUGUUGCCAGUGCAAGAUCUGA